UGCGUGAUGAUGUCAAACACGGAAGUAAACAGCUGCCGGGCUGUCGAGCGUUUGCUGUCCAUUUUUUGUUCAUUUGCUGGUUUCUGUUUUCUUUUUCACCGUAACAACCCAAACAUGAAGUACAUUUUGACGCUUCUCGUCAUACUGAGCAUGCUGGGGGUUGGUGUUUUUACCGAAGGGCAGCACGGCUGGAAGCGAAUCAACAAAGUCGAAGUUUCAGGGUUUGCUUGGAAGAACUGUGGUAAACCAGACGCAGCGGCAGUGAUGAGGACCCUGAGCGUGUCUCCGGACCCCAUCAGCAUCCCCGGAGACAUGACGGCAUCUGCAUCCGGAUCCACGUCCGUGGAGCUCCGUGCCCCUCUGAAUGUGAACGUAACUUUGGAGAAGGAGGUGGCAGGUUUUUGGGUGAAAAUUCCGUGCUUGGAUGAGCUGGGAAGUUGUCACUAUGCCGACGUUUGUGACAUUUUGAACCAGCUGAUACCACCUGGACUAGACUGCCCGGAACCGCUGCACACCUACGGACUGCCCUGCCGCUGCCCCUUUAAACCUGGCUCGUACGCUCUGCCUCAGUCGGACUUCUUCCUGCCGUUCAUGGACGUUCCAUCGUGGCUCACAAACGGAGAUUAUCGUCUUCAGGGGGUGCUGGGUGGCGGUGGCGAGGAACUGGGCUGCCUCAAGGUAGCGCUGUCUCUUCACUCAGAAUAAACGUACAAGCAUCUUUUACAAUAAAUAAUAAUGCAUGUUUCUUUGCUUUAGAGAUUAUGUUUAUGUGUAUUAACGAUAAAGACCACUAAUUUGUGGUUUUAUUAGAUUACUAGAUGUGUUUUAAAACCGCUCUGGACUCAUCUUUUUUUCUCCAUUUAUGAUAUUUCUUGUGCGAUUUGGUGACUCAAAGAUGGAUGUUUUUUUUUUAAAUAAAUAUGACCACAUUAAAA